AUGAACUGGAAGGCGUUGCAACGGGUAAUUGCUGUGAUUACUGGAUGCUUGCCAGCCCGUUCUGCCCUGGAUGCAAAGGGCUGCUGGAGCCUGGAGCAGCCCAAAACUGCCAGCACACCUCGGCCCGGCUGCUUGUCCAGCGUGAGGCUUGUCUGUGGAGACGUGGUGGAAACGCCUGGGGUAUCUGGACGUACGGCUGCCCAGUCAGAGCUACUCGCAAGUCUGACCGAGAUGCUAAACAUCCAGAAAUUCUCGGCAAAUGUGUUGGAUUACCAUGGAUGUAAAAUAAGUGACCCAUACUGCUGGCUUGAAGAUCCUGAUAGUGAACAGACAAAGGCAUUUGUGGAGGCUCAGAACAAGCUCACAGUGCCCUUCCUCGAGCAGUGUCCUGUCAGAGGACUGUUCAAAGAACGAAUGACUGAGCUCUACGAUUAUCCUAAGUACAGUUGCCACUUCAAGAAAGGAAAAAGGUAUUUUCACUUCUACAAUACAGGACUCCAGAACCAGCGAGUUUUAUAUGUACAAGACUCCUUGGAUGCCGAAGCCAAAGUUUUUCUUGAUCCAAAUAAGCUUUCUGAUGAUGGCACUGUGGCUUUCCAAGGUUACGCAUUCAGUGAAGAUGGUGAAUACUUUGCAUACGGCCUGAGUUCUAGUGGCUCUGAUUGGGUUACUAUCAAGUUUAUGAAAGUAGAAGGUCCUGAGGAUCUUCCAGAUACACUGGAAAGAGUUAAAUUCAGUUGCAUGGCAUGGACCCAUGAUGGAAAAGGCAUGUUCUAUAACUGCUAUCCAAAACAAGAUGGGAAAAGUGAUGGCACUGAGACCUCCACAAAUCUGCACCAAAAGCUGCAUUAUCAUGUCUUGGGAACUAACCAGUCAGAAGACACCCUAUGUGCUGAAUUUCCUGAUGAACCAAAAUGGAUGGGUGGAGCUGAGGUAUCAGACGAUGGUCGAUAUGUCUUGCUAUCUAUCCGAGAAGGUUGUGAUCCAGUGAACAGACUGUGGUACUGUGAUUUACAGACAGAGCCUCAGGGUAUAUCAG